AUGUCCCUUCGACACCCAGUCUUUCCUCACGCCACACCAUCACCCCCUUCUUCCCCUCACCAAUCCCCUUCUCCACUACCUGCUAACGCCGCUCAAGAAAAGCAUCGAGCUCAACUAGCGUCCUACCGUCGAGACCCAUCGAAAGUUUCACCCAGAUCAUCACCCCGUCGAGAAUCCCGUCUACGAAUCGUAUGGAAUGCCGGUCGUCGUUUGUCCGGUGUACUGGAAGAAGGUACAGAGGGUGAUGACGGAAAGAACAAACGACGUCCGUUACGUUUCCUCCCAUUUCAACUUCGUUCCAAGUUACUCGACUCCCCUCGAAAGAUCAGGCUUUGGUUGUACGUGGUUGCAGUCAUCAGCAUAUGGUUAUUGGUGAUACGUCCUGUGGUAGUAGGAUGGGACACUACUCCGGCUGCUUCUCAACGGUCAGCGGGUUUACAGAGAAAAAAAGGAAAUGUGUCCCCUUUAUUCACUCGGAAAGGAAAGGUGGCGGAGAGGGCAUUGCUACCGCCAGUUGUGGCCAUGAGAACUACUCCUGAUCAUAAAGUGGAGAGAGGGUUAUUACAAGUGGAUAUGGAAAGUCAGGUCCAUCCCAUUUAUCAAUUGAUAAGAGAUUCGAGAGAGCAAUGGGACGCAAAGGUUGCUAGACAGAGUAGAACCCUCAAGGAAGCGGUGGAGGAAUACAAGAGAAGAUAUAAACAAGCACCACCGAAGGGUUUUGAUAAAUGGUGGUCUUACGUCGUAGACAACGAAGUACCGCUUCCAGAUGAAUACGAUCGUAUUCAUCACGAUCUCCUACCCUUUCGUGCUUUAUCACCAGCUGAUCUGAACAAACGUAUCGAACGAGCGGCCAACCUACCCGACACCUACACUCUACGGGUCAAGAGUGGUUCUGUCCGUACUUCUGCGACAUACAACUCGGAGGCUAUUUGGGGGGCUGACUUCCGAUUGGAAGAUCAGGCAGAGCUAUUGCGUCCUAUUUCAAGAUGGAUAGGGGAUAUGUCGGUGGUGUAUUCGGUCCAUGAUACAGCAAGCAGUGUAGUAUCGUGGGAUCAUCGCCGGGAACUCAUCGAGCAUGUUGAAGAGGGAGAGUAUUUUAGCGAGACCGAUGAAAUCGAUCUGACCUUCCGUGGUUGGCCAGCAGCUUGUCCACCUCAAUCACGUCUUCGAACCAGUCGUUUUGCUCAUCUCUCUUCAACCCCAACCAAAUCAUUCAUCUCUUCUCAUUCUUCCUUGAUGGAUAUAUGCGACCACCCAGAGCUCGUUCCUCUUCACGGAACAUUAUCAGGUAAAGUACCAGCAGUAGGCGAUCUCACGCCUAUUUUUGUGUUGUCCAAAACCAAUUUGCAUUCGGAUAUAUUGGGGAUUCCGACGGAACAAUGGGUAGAAGAUACUCCUGCGUUGUCAUGGGGUAGGAAGACCGAUAGUCGGUUAUUAUGGAGAGGGAGUAACACAGGUGUAUGGCAUAGUGGGCAGACCACUUGGAGGUCGAGUCAUCGGACCAGAUUAGUACGAAUGGCAAGUAAGAUAGAUAUUGACGGGGAGUAUGGAGGUGUGGAAGUUUUACCUGCUCCGAAAUCCCUCAGAGGACAGAUGGUUGGAAAUGAGGUAAGAGAGUUAACAUGGGAAGAAGUCAAUGAGCAUUAUUUGGAUGUAGGGUUUGUUUCCGGUCCCAUUCAAUGUGAUAAAGAAAAUGGAACAUGUGAACAACUUCAAGAAGAAUUCAAUUGGUUAGAACGUAUAAAACCUGAACAAGAAAACCGUUAUAAAUAUAUACUUGACGUUGAUGGUAACGCUUGGUCAGCAAGGUUCAAAAGAUUAUUAUCUUCCGGAAGUUUGAUAUCGAAAAGUAAUGUAAUGCCUGAAUGGUGGACUGAUAGGAUACAACCUUGGGUACAUCACGUUCCUGUUCAAUUGGAUUAUAGUGAUUUAUAUGAUGGUUUUAGCUUUUCUCAUUUUAAUCAGUUCCGAGGAGAUAUGAACGAUCGAGCAGGUGAAGAUGCCUUAGCUGCCUAUAUAGCUUCAGCAGGUAACAUUGGUCUUCAACACAUUGGAGAAAAGAAGAUAUGA